AUGGAUCAAAACAACGCGAUUGGAGAUGCAGAAGGGUGUAGCAGCUCUGAAUCUGGAUGGACCGAGUAUAUUUCUUCUCCCAUGAACGAUCGUCACAGCGAAGAAGAUGGCUACGGCGAGGAAGAAGAAGAAGAUGAUGAUGAUGAUGAUGGCGGAGACUCUGUGGCUUCUGAUGCUUCUACCGGAGAGUUACUGCACCAGAGUCGGCAUCCCUGUCGUAGCGGAGUCGAUGAGGAUGGACAAGGCGGCGAUGACAGCGAUCGUACUCGAGAUGGUGAAAUGGAGGUCUCUGCAAGGAAAGAAGAAGAUGCUUGUUCCUCUGCUCAUCUCGAUGACCAAUCGAAAGUAAAGAGGGAUUCGGAUAUCAAUUCGAGUUGA